AUGGACAUACACCAUUUAGCGGUGUCGAGACUCGCACAUCGCAUCGCUCGUUUCCACGCAGAAAAAACCCCAUUCCGAAUAUACCAUGGUGGAACAAAUAGCACAAGAUCCUAUCUCUUCUCGGAUGCAACAUCCAUCGACACGUCAGGGCUCAAAAAUGUUCUUUCAGUCGAUCCACAGGCACAAACAUGUCUUGUGGAAUCCAAUGUCCCUAUGGACGCAUUGGUAGCUGCUACUCUACCCUUUCGUCUUAUACCACCUGUCGUUCCCGAGUUUCCUGGUAUCACAGUUGGUGGUGCCUUUGCAGGGACUGGCGGCGAGUCGAGUUCGUUUCGAUAUGGCUUCUUUGAUCAGUGUAUUAACUGGGUCGAGGUCAUUCUUGCCAAUGGUGAAGUCGUCACCGCUUCGCCUGUCGAGAAUCCAGAUCUCUUUUAUGGAUCUGCUGCGACUUUCGGCACGAUUGGUGUGACAACACUUUUCGAAGUUCGACUUAUUCCCGCGCGUGAAUUUGUUGAGUUGUCAUACCACCCAGUCGACACAUUCUCGGACGCACAGAAAAAGAUGAAAGAUCUGGAGUCGUCUCCUGCUGUUGAUUUCGUGGAUGGUAUCAUGUUCUCAAAAGACAGCGGCGUCAUUGUGUCUGGCUCUCUGAUGGAUCUCGAUCUGUAUGAGAAGGGAAAGGCUCCUCCGAUCAUUUCCUUCUCGGGACGCUGGGAUCAGUGGUUCUACUUACAUGCCCAAGAUACGCUGGCACGAAACAAAUUCCAAGAAAGACCUUACCGAGAAUUGGCUUUGACGACAGAGUAUUUUUUUCGUUACGACCGUGGCGCAUUCUGGACCGGUACUUUUGUCUUCGAAUGGUUCGGUGUCCCAUUCAACCGCGUCACAAGAUUUGCUCUAGAUUGGCUCAUGUCGACUCGGAUAUUAUAUCAUGGUCUGCACGCCAGCAAACUGGGUGCUGGGUACAUGAUACAAGAUCUCUGUCUCCCUCAAUCGACAGCAGCGGAAUUUAUGGACUGGAUGCACGAUGAGUAUGCAAUAUACCCUUUGUGGUUGUGCCCGAUCAAACAGAAUGAGCGGAUUUCUAUGAAUCCACAUACCCCCUCACCAACCGAACCCGGUAGAACAACCGGCGAAUCUCUCCUAAACAUAGGUGUGUGGACGCGCUGCCCGUCAGAAGACCGAGUCGCCUGCAACCGACGGGUGGAAACAAAGUUGUGGUCGCUGCGUGGGAUGAAGUGGCUCUAUGCUGAUACCUUUUAUACCGAGGAAGAAUUCUGGGCCAUCUACGAUCGUGAAUGGUAUCAGAAGUUGCGGACAAAGUAUGGAGCAGAUGGACUACCCAACGUUUAUCAAAAGGUCAGAACAGCUGUGGGAGAUUCAGGCAAUAACCAGGCUCAAGUUGUCCCAAUCAGCGUUACUGGUGUGCUGACAGGCAAGAUCUCCCUUCCGAAUCUGUGGGAUGCCGCUUGGAGCGGAUGGCCACUUGUAGGCAUCAAAGCCGUUGUGUCUGCACUUAGGGGAGUCGAGUACCUCAAGAAGAACAAUUGA